CCCUCUCUGUCCCGGAGCUGGGAGCCCGGUGGCUCGCGGACGAUGGCGGCGCUGAGGCUUCUGGCCUGGGCGUUCUCACGCCGGGUCUCUGCUCACCGCCCACGGCCCACGUUGCCCCACCACCUAAUCCGCCACUAUCCUACGACCCGCUGCGGGAAAGUUAAAUUCUACACGGACCCGGUGAAGGCGGUGGAGGGCAUCAAGGACGGGGCGAGCGUCAUGCUCGGGGGCUUCGGGCUCUGCGGCAUCCCGGAGAACCUGAUUGGUGCGCUGAAGACCAAGGGCGUGAAGGACCUGAAGAUCAUCAGCAGCAACGUGGGCGUGGACGACUUCGGCCUGGGCAUUUUGCUGGCCUCUAAGCAGGUCAGGCGCGUGGUGUGCUCCUACCUGGGGGAGAACAAGCUCUGUGAGCAGCUCUACCUAGCGGGGAAGCUGGAGCUGGAGAUGACGCCGCAGGGAACCCUGGCAGAGCGCAUCCGCGCGGGUGGCACGGGCGUGCCCGCCUUCUACACGCCCACUGGCUACGGCACGCAGGUGCAGGAAGGGGGCGUCCCGAUUCGGUACUCUCCCGAAGGCCACCUGAUUACUCUAAGUCAGCCGCGGGAAGUGCGCGAGUUCGAGGGCCAACACCACCUGCUGGAGCGCGCUAUCCGCGCUGACUUCGCCCUGAUCAAGGGCUGGAAGGCUGACCGCUCGGGCAAUGUGAUCUUCAGGGGCAGCGCGCGCAACUUCAACGUGCCCAUGUGCAAGGCCGCGGACAUCUCGGUGGUGGAGGUGGAGGAGAUCGUGGACGUGGGUACUUUCGCCCCGGAGGACAUCCACAUCCCCAACAUUUACGUGAAACGCGUGAUCAAGGGGCCGAGGUUCGAGAAGCGCAUAGAGCGCCUGACCACACGUGACAGCCCGCCCGCACCCGGGAGCAAAGACCAGGACCCUAAAAGGACGCGCAUCAUCAAGCGCGCGGCUCUCGAGUUCAAGGACGGCAUGUAUGCCAAUCUGGGCAUCGGGAUCCCUGUCUUGGCCAGCAACUACAUCAGCCCCAAGAUGACCGUCUACCUGCACAGUGAAAACGGGAUCCUGGGCUUGGGCCCGUUCCCUUUGAAAAAGGAAGUAGAUCCCGACAUCAUCAACGCGGGCAAGCAGACAGUGACGGUGAUUCCCGGGGGCUGUUUCUUCGCCAGCGAUGACUCUUUUGCCAUGAUCCGCGGCGGACACAUCCAACUGACCAUGCUAGGUGCCAUGCAAGUUUCUAAAUACGGCGACCUGGCCAACUGGAUGGUGCCAGGCAAGAAGGUGAAGGGCAUGGGCGGGGCCAUGGACUUGGUGUCUAGUAAGAAAACCAAAGUGGUGGUCACCAUGGAGCACUGCACCAAGACAAAGCAGCCCAAAAUCUUAGAGAAAUGCACCAUGCCGCUGACUGGCAAGUCCUGCGUCGACCUCAUCAUCACAGAGAAAGCGGUGUUUGAAGUGGAUCGGAGUAAGGGACUGAAGCUCGUGGAGCUGUGGGAGGGCUCGUCGUUGGACGAGGUCAAGGCCACCACUGGCUGUUCGUUUAAGGUGUGCCCCAACCUCAAGCCCAUGCAGCAGAUUAAAUCUGAUGCUUGAGGAGCUCUCCAGGGACGAUUUGCGAGUUAGUGACAACUGGACAUCCUCAGCAGCACCUGACCACUGUGACACACUGGCUCCUCACUCUGGCAUCCUGCUGCUAGAUGGUAUCUAUCAAGAGCCAUGUGAUUUUAAUUAAAAACCCUAACCUGCA